AUGGAAAAUGAAUUGCACUUCAUCAUUCGGGCUCCAUUCCUAUUGGUCGUUCAUAAAUCUAAUCUCUUCUAUUUUUUUCUGAAAUCUCUUUUCUAUAUUUUGGCUUCAACUUUACCCCCUAUUGAAAGUAUUUCCCAUUCGAUCAAACAUCAUAAAUUCUUUUUCGUCCUUUUCAUUCAACUUUUCUUCUUUCUUAUAUUUUAUUUCGUUAUUAUUUUUCCCUUCUUUAUAAAAUCUUUUUUUCAUCUUCUUUUAUUUCUUUCUUUCUUUCUUGAGAAAUAUUUUCCUAACUUUUUGAUAAAUCUUUUCUGUGUUUACAUUUUUUUCUGUUCACUUUUUUGCCGUUCUUCAUUUUCUAUGAUUUUCUCUCUUUUUCUUUCUCGCGUUCUUUCUUUCUUUUUUCAAUCUUUAUUUCCAUUUUUUAUUAUUUUUUGUCUCUUUCUCCUUGAUCUUUCCUCGACCUUUUCCUGUGUUAAUGAGUUUCCUAAAGAAAAUACAGAUUAA